AUGAUGAAUCGAUUCCGCAAGCAUAAGAAGGCCAAGGAGGGCGAGGAUGUAGAAGGGGCAUCGCCGUUUAGUUUGAAGCCAUCGAAGAAGAAGGAUGCACCGGAGCCAAUACCGGAUUUCGAUUUAUCAGCCGCACUGCCCCCAACUGACAAUUUCCGGACCAGUUUGUUGAUGCCCAAGUUGUCCGCUCGGUUUAGCAUGCUCAAGGAACAGGAUGAUCCCCUUUCAAUGCUAGGAAAGGCCAGUGACGACAGUGUCUUGUUUCCUAAGCGCGCAUCGCGACUUAAUCUAUUCGGUCAUAAUCCUGCCAUGCUGGCAGACAUUGACGAAGUUUCCUCCAACGAUGGUAGCCGACCUUCCAUCGCACUCGGCCGCACCGGUUCUUUCGCUUCCGGCGGUGAUGGGUACGGCACGGAUGAUGACCGAUCCCAGGCGGGCAGUAUGAUGAGCAGAGCCCGUAGAGCCGAGGGAAAUAAUCUAUUCGGAGGUCGACAAAAGAUUUAUAAGAUUCCGGCCCGAUCACCAGGGGGAACAACGGCCGAUGUGCCGGACGCUGGUUUCCGGGGCAUGGGAAAGCCGGUCUAUGAGCAUGACAUGAACUUAUCUGCUUUCCAGCGUUUGCGUCUCAAGGAGAAGGAAGAAAAAGCAGCAGCGGAGGCUGCGCGCGAGGCAACUGCCCGAGACUCCAUGGCCUCAUCUACCAGUCGCGCCACUUACUCCUCUACCGCAUCUGGGCCUCCUUCAAGUGUUCCUACAACUGCGGCAACCUCAACCGACGAGUCACCAUUGAAUAAAUCCCAGUCUCCGUCGACUGGUUAUCCGUUCCCGGAGACCCUUGCCGAAGGACCUGGACCUGCCAUGUCCACUCCGCGAAAUGGUUCACUUCGUAACCGCCGUCUCUACGGACAAGGUCUAACCCAGGCGGCUCAAACCCAGCAGAGCUCAACAUUGAAUCGAUUGGAGAGUUUGAGUCGCCAGCGUGCUGGUACUCCUGAUCUCCCCACCUUGAACCGUAACUACUCUAAGAGUGCUCAUAACUUGCGGGAUCGCCUUCAAAAGCUGGCCAUCGUCGAGCCAGUUCCAACCGUUCGUCCGACUAGCCCUCCUUCAUCCGCAACCUCACCGAAGACUCGCAUCUCUGGAGAAGCUGUACUUAGAGACCGCCUCUCGCCUACCUCAGCAGCAUUUGGAAUCCCUCCUCUGAGCCCUCCCACUAGCGAAAAUGAUGAGGUUUCCUCCCUGCUAGCCGCAUCAAUCCAUCCAGAAGAUCAUGGGAAGGCUACAGCAAUGGGACUGUUUGAUCGUCCUAGCGCUGGUUUUGACGAGCAGGCAUUUUCCCGCCGUCAACUCCAGAUGCAUCAAGGACGAGAUACUCCGCCGCCACCCAUUGCUUCACCCCCACGCCGACCUAUCCCCGCCGAACCCACGAGUCGUCCUCGGGGGCAAUCGAAGUCCAGCCAUCGUUCCCGAGCAGAGUCCGCUUCAUCCCAUUACAGUAGUGAUGCGCACCGCGGUAUGGACAAUUCUUAUAUGUCCAGCGUGGAGGCCUCUCCCUACAGACCGGGAGUGAAGACUUUCUAUGCCAAUUCGGAGGCCAGCGGGUCUGGUGAUGAAGGCGAGGGCCGCACGCGUGGACCUUCAUCUGCGGCUUCACAUGUCAAUGGGUACGGAUCUUCCCUUCAGCACUCGAGUGUAUCCCCGAACAAGCCACAAACUCCUAGUAAGGAGCAUCUCGCAACGCUCCCCGAAGUGCGAUAUUCCGACCUGCGUGAUCUCAGACCUAUCACCGAGAGCGAUCUUGGCUUUGGAGCUUCCUCUUAUGAUACUAGCCAUGAUAUGCCCGAGAGACCUGAUUCGCCAACCAUCCUGCCAGACCACGGUUUUGGUGGAAUGAUUCGCUCCCACCUACGACAGGAAAGUGAUCGAUCUGCUAUCUUCCCUCCGCCCCCGCCUCGUCAGAAUGAAGGGCGCUUUGGCAAGGCGGGAACUCAGGAUUUGAACUCCCGCCAACCAACUACUCUACCCACAGUGUUUCAACGUGAAGGGGAGGCUCGGCCAUCAUCGUCAGUCCGACCAGGAACAUCGGGCUCGCAAACUCCUUCUAGACUCUCUGCAGCAGGCUCGGGCUCUCGAAACAGUCAAGAGUCAUCCGCGUCUGGAACCAUCGCCGAUACAGCUUCUGUAUCGAAUGGCUCAUCAUGGAGAGAGGAACUUGAAAUUCAUCAUUGCCGUCAAGGGAGCACCGCGACUCAACGCGAGCGCGAGGAGUUUGCCAUCGAGCUAGCAGAGAGGCGCAGAAAAGUGCAGGAAAAGCUGCGAAGUGUUGCUGAGAGCGAAAGCCGGUCCAGUAGUCCAACUCCUGGCCGAUCAACUCCAGAUUUGCCUCGCACUGGAAACGCAUUUGCUCUCCUCAAGCAAAAGUCUAGCAGACAGGCUAACGGAAAGGUGGACCAGAAGAAGCUUUUUGGUUAUAGCGGGGGCAACGCGUCCGUCCCCGCUCUACCUUCUGAUGACUCGUGGCGCGAAGAGGAGCGACCCUCUUUCAGCUUUGGUCUGCAUGCCAACUCCAGCUCUCCCCAUAUUGGAUCAGACCGCUCUCUCAGAUCUCGAAUGCCAACUCUCAGCCGCAACAACAGCCACGAAGAAUCGCGCGAGUCCAGCCGCAGCCGUGGUCACUCGCCGUUCCGAAGUCCAAGAGAUCGAGCGGGUUCGGAUGAAUCAGGCCGAUCUAAGAGCCGAACCAGACUCCGUGAACGGGAUGACCUUGCAACUGUGGACGAGGGUACAGUCAUUGCGCAUGACAAUUUUGUUCCUCCUGAAGGAUUUGAACCUCCUGCGGUUGCCUCGCUACCCCCAUCGAAUCGGCCAUCAACCGAAAUGUCAGAAUCUUCCGGUUUUGAUCGCACUCCCUCCGGCGCUUCAAGCAGACACCGCAGCUCCAGCCGAUCCGGUACCCCCAGCUACCAAUAUGAACGGCCAUUCCAAUUCUCGCAGUCCAAUACGUCCUCGAUGAUCGGCGCCUCGCCUCGGGCUCCACCCGCUGCUCCAGCCUACUCUGCUAAUGCCACUCCUCCGCUGAACGAGAUUUCCGCGGAUAGUUCGUCUACAUCGCUCGCUUCUUCUAGCAGCUCGCAAACGGGUUCUCAGCGCGGUCUGGGAGUCGCCUCCCUUAUGAAGCGCCCUGUGAACAAAAGGCUCAUUUCCGAGCCCACCUUCGUCUCAUCCACAUCCAAUGUCCCCCUGGUCGGUCUCCCACCCGGAUCACUGCCUCCACCCAACAGCGCACCUCCAGUGCCACCCAUGAACCCUCGCCGUCGCCGCGGAACCGCCACCCAAACCAUCCUGGGAGCCUUCAAGAGCGACAGGCAAGAUACCUCGCGGGUCGGAUCACCCACUCCAAGUUACGGAGAAGAACAGAGCUCCUUCCCCGACGACGAAAAACGUCCCCGUUCCCGCAGUCGUCUCCGCAAAUCCUCCAGCGAGGGUGGUAACCUGCACGCGCGGGCGCGCCAGGCAUCCAUGUCCGGCGCACCGCCAGCUGUCCCUCAAUAUCCUCCUCCCGCCAUCCCCGUCGAUGGAGGCAUGUUCUAA